UUUCCUAGUAUUUCAUUUAAAAUGAUCAAAGUCUCUUGUUUUCUUAACCCUUGCUUCUGAGUUUCUGACAGAAAAGAAGAGUAAGUUCAAGUUCCAAUUCUUAAGCAAGUGGGGAAGUUUCAGAGCUUGGAUCCUGAUGUAAAACAUUGCAUGAAAAACAACAACAGCCUACUUAACCAUUUACUUUCAGUUUGAAGCUUUUUUUUUGCUUACGAACUUCGUGUACCAGCUCCUUACCGGCUUCAUACCCAAAAAAAAAGCUGCUUUUGGUUUUUUUCUUAGAGCUUCAACUACUGAAAACAAUGGGACUCAAGCAAGACAAGUUUGUGUGGUGUUGGGUUGUUUUGUUCCUCUUCUGCUCUUCUGCAACUGCUUUGCUUUCACCAAAAGGUGUUAACUUCGAAGUGCAAGCUUUAAUGGGAAUAAAAGAGCUUCUGGUUGAUCCUCAUGGUGUUCUUGACAAUUGGGAUGAAGCUGCUGUUGAUCCAUGUAGUUGGAACAUGGUCACUUGCUCUAUUGAUGGUCUAGUCAUUGGCCUAGGAGCUCCAAGCCAGAAUUUGUCUGGUACACUUGCACCCACCAUUGGAAACUUGACCAAUCUGCAGCUAGUGCUCCUACAGAAUAACAAUAUAUCAGGUUAUAUACCCUCAGAACUAGGGAAGCUUCCCAACCUUCAUACACUUGAUCUUUCUAACAACAACUUCUCUGGUCAAAUUCCCACCACUUUGUCCCAUUUAGAAGCCCUCCAAUACCUGAGGUUGAAUAAUAACAGUCUCUCAGGAACUAUACCUUCCUCUUUGGCUAACAUGACUCAGCUCAGUUUCCUGGACUUGUCUUUCAAUAAUUUGAGUGGUCCACUGCCAGGGUUGCUUGCAAAAACAUUCAACAUUGUUGGAAACCCAUUGAUAUGUGAUGCUGGAGCUGAACAAGACUGUUCCAGAACAAGGCCAAUGCCAGUGCCUUUUUCCUUAAAUAAUUCACAAAACUCGCAGCCCUCGGGUAGACUCAAGGGCCAUAAAAUUGCUUUAGCCUUCGGGUCCAGUCUAGGCUGCAUCUGCCUGUUUGUUCUUGGUUUUGGUUUUGUUCUCUGGUGGAGGCAAAGACACAAUCAGCAAAUAUUCUUCGAUGUUAAUGAACAACAUAGAGAAGAAAUCUGCCUUGGAAACUUGAAGAGGUUCCAUUUCAAGGAACUUCAGGUAGCUACUAACAACUUCAGCAGCAAGAAUGUAGUCGGCAAAGGAGGUUUCGGGAACGUAUAUAAGGGGUAUCUCCAAGAUGGGACAGUAGUAGCUGUGAAAAGGCUUAAAGAUGGAAAUGCUAUUGGAGGUGAAAUCCAGUUUCAAACUGAAGUUGAGAUGAUUAGUCUAGCAGUUCACCGCAACCUACUUCGGCUUUACGGAUUUUGCAUGACAGCGACUGAAAGGCUUUUGGUUUACCCCUACAUGUCCAAUGGUAGUGUUGCUAAUCGACUUAAAGCCAAACCAGCCUUGGAUUGGGGAACGAGGAAAAGGAUAGCUUUAGGAACAGCUAGGGGAUUAUUGUAUUUGCACGAGCAAUGUGACCCGAAGAUAAUUCAUAGGGAUGUUAAAGCUGCAAAUAUACUGCUUGAUGAUUACUGUGAGGCCAUAGUUGGAGAUUUCGGAUUGGCAAAGUUGUUGGAUCACCGGGAUUCACAUGUGACAACAGCUGUGAGGGGCACAGUGGGACAUAUAGCCCCGGAAUAUCUAUCAACUGGUCAGUCCUCAGAGAAAACAGACGUUUUUGGGUUUGGUAUCCUUUUACUUGAGCUGAUAUCAGGAUUGAGGGCUCUUGAAUUUGGGAAGACAGCUAACCAGAAAGGAGCCAUACUCGACUGGGUAAGAAAAGUUCACCAAGAGAAGAAACUUGAUAUGCUAGUUGACAAGGACCUGAAGAACAACUAUGAUAGGAUUGAGCUUGAAGAAAUGGUUCAAGUGGCUCUUUUAUGCACUCAAUACCUUCCAAGUCAAAGACCAAAGAUGUCUGAAGUGGUUCGGAUGCUAGAAGGUGAUGGACUUGCUGAGAAAUGGGAAGCUUCUCAGAAAGCUGAAGCAACCAGGUCAAGAGCCAAUGAAUUCUCCUCUUCAGAGAGAUACUCUGAUCUGACUGAUGACUCUUCCUUGCUGGUUCAAGCAAUGGAGCUCUCUGGACCAAGAUGACAAAUGGGGUAUAAGAAUCAUAUAUUAUUUAUUAAGACGAUACCUAAACAAAUAUCAUGAGACAUAACAUAAAUGUGUUGAAAUGUACUGUGUUGUAUAGUGUUAGAAUACUAGAAACUCUAAAUAUUUUUCACUUCCAGUUGUACAAAUUUGGAUUCAACAGAAAAAAUCUGACAUUUAGGCUGAGUUUUACACUGCCUGCUGCUGGUUUGAGUGAAGAAUUUUUUCUGGAGAUGUUUUUACUGUGAGUUGUAAUAAAACUGUUAUUCAAAUGGAUUCUGGUUUGCUCCCUAAAA